AUGAUUCUACCCGAACCAUGCGACGCGCCCCUAUGCUCUUGCCUCAGCGCCCGCGAUCUCAUAAGCUAUGGCCAAGUUUGUCGCGACACUCGCCGAGCCGUCACCGACUACAGUAGCUUAGCCUUCCAGGUGAAGUACGCCCUCGAACCCUUCAUGGAUCACAAAGACGUCGUCCUCUUCCGCGAGGUCCUCAGGGACACUGGCGCAGUCAUAUCCGGCGCUGUCGCUCUACAUUUCUUCAACCGCGUAACGGUCCAAGACACUCCCCUCGAAAUCUACGUCGAGCGCACGCACACGAUGGAAGUCGCCCUAUUCUUCGAUUAUAUUGGUUACCAGUAUCGGCCUCGAGAGAGACAGGAGGGCAUCCUCGCGGACGCCCACAGCCUCGCCAUUAAUCGCUUCAACCUGCGCGAUGCCGCCAUCUCCGAGUUACACUCCAUCCUAGACAUGUUUACCCUCGUCCGGGGUGACACAGAGGUCAAGAUCAUGAUGGUCGUUGACAGCGCACUCGAUGCCAUCCUGGACUUCCACUCUUCUCCCGUGAUGAACUUCAUCACUUAUAGGUCGGCUUACUCGCUCUUCCCUUACAACACGUUCAUCAAGAAGUCGGGCCUUCUCUUCGUUGAGGAUAACGGUCACGUCGACGGGUAUAGGAGACGCGGUUGGAGAAUGUACCGGCGCCUAUCCAACUCACGGUACGAGACCGUCGGCAAGGAGAUCACUGUCGGUACUCGCUACGUUGGGGACCAACAUACGUGGACUAUCGACCUUGAUGACCUUGCGCCGCAGGACUUGGACCCUAUGCUAUUCAAUUCGUUCGAACUCCAAUGGUCGCGUAGGGUGGACGCGUACAUCCUCCCGCAAAUCGCUCGCCUGGUUUUCCUCGCGCCCCAAUAUUGGACGCAAAGCCGGCUAUUCGCCAGCAGCGACCUCAUUCACCGCUUUACGGUUGCCCUUCAUUCCAUUCAGCCCGUGGCCUAUAGACAAACCGACGACGACGUCGUCCGCGCCGUCCUCUCCAGUGGCGAAGAUACACUCUUCAAAUUUCAUCCUCCUUGCGCGACGGACACUAUCAUGCUGGUUCCUUGGAAGGCAACUCUCAGGAAGUACCGGGUGCCCGUCGUCAAGAUUCGCGGUGCGAGGUUGUACCCCCCCGAGGGCUUGGAAGAUCCUUUCGCGCCCGACGAAGCGAGGAGGACCCCUGAACCGAAUGCCGUACCUUCGUCCCACAUGCAGCCGGCCAAUCAGCACUCGGACGACCAUAUAGAUCAUCAAAUCGGCAAUGGCGAUGCCCAGACGGCGAUCAGCGCCAUCCACGCCGCGCCGGCUCCCAUACCCUCCAACUCGGCGAACCCGCUUAUCGGCGUCACCGAAGAGCUACAGCUAGCGGUCUGGGACGGCGUCGGUGACUUUGAGGUCUACACUCGUCCUCGGAAAAAGGCUCGGAGAGCGGAUGUCGUAUGA